UGGUGUGUGCAGGGGGAGGGGGAGCGGAGGCUUAAAGGGACAAGAGCGGCGGAGGCCGGAGGGAGGCUCCAUGGCGAGGCUGGCGGGGGGCAGGGGGCCCGGCCCCCGCCCCUGAGGCGCGGCAGGAGCUCGGUGCCAAAGGAUCUAAGCUGGAAGGACACUCCCCGCAGAAUGUUGUCUUCACCAAAGAACGGCCCGAAGCAGGCGACCAUGAGAAUCCCGGCAGGACCCUCGAAAGCACUGACAUUUCAGUAGCCCAGCGCCUGCGGGUGGCACUUACCCCGGAGCCCCUGCCCUGCCCCUUGGACCGUGAUGGUGUAUUAACCAAGAGCCCUGCUGCUACCUGUCUCCUCCCCCCUCGACUUUCGGUGGCUUUGGGAUUUGUAUGGCAGUGGCGUAACCGUGGAGAGGCCAGGGUAUCACAAACUUAUGGAUUUUGAUAAGAGAGGAGGGAAAGGGGAGACGGAGGAAGGCAAAAGAAUGUCCAAGGCAGGCGGAGGAAGGAGCAGCCAUGGGAGCCGAAGCACAGGGACCAACUCUGGAGUCUUAAUGGUGGGCCCCAACUUCCGGGUCGGGAAGAAGAUCGGAUGUGGCAAUUUUGGGGAGCUCCGUCUAGGAAAGAAUCUCUACACAAAUGAAUACGUAGCUAUAAAAUUGGAACCCAUAAAAUCGCGGGCCCCGCAGCUGCAUCUGGAGUACCGGUUCUACAAGCAGCUCGGAAAUGCAGAAGGAAUUCCUCAGGUUUACUACUUCGGCCCCUGCGGGAAGUACAAUGCCAUGGUGCUUGAGCUCCUGGGCCCAAGCCUGGAAGACCUAUUUGACCUGUGCGACCGGACCUUCACGCUCAAAACCGUCCUGAUGAUAGCGAUCCAGUUGAUCACACGGAUGGAGUACGUUCACACCAAAAGCCUCAUCUACAGAGACGUCAAACCAGAGAACUUCCUGGUGGGGCGGCCAGGGAGCAAGCGUCAGCACACCAUCCACAUCAUCGAUUUUGGCCUGGCCAAAGAGUACAUCGACCCUGAGACCAAAAAACACAUCCCUUACCGUGAGCACAAGAGCCUGACAGGGACCGCACGAUACAUGAGCAUCAACACACACCUCGGGAAAGAACAAAGCCGCAGGGAUGAUCUGGAAGCACUAGGGCACAUGUUUAUGUACUUCCUCCGAGGGAGCCUCCCUUGGCAAGGGCUCAAGGCUGACACGUUAAAGGAACGGUAUCAGAAAAUCGGAGAUACCAAAAGAGCCACACCUGUCGAAGUCCUGUGUGAAAACUUCCCAGAGGAGAUGGCCACCUACUUGCGAUAUGUACGGCGGCUGGAUUUCUUUGAGAAGCCCGACUACGAUUACCUGCGGAAGCUCUUCACGGACCUCUUUGACCGCAAUGGCUACGUCUUCGAUUAUGAAUACGACUGGGCUGGGAAGCCACUACCAACUCCCAUUGGCACAAUCCACAGUGACGUCCAGGUGCAGCCCCCGAACAGAGACAAAGCACAGCCACACACCAAGCACCAGGUGAUGAGCUCCACUAACGGGGAGCUGAACACAGAUGACCCGACCGCAGGACAUUCAAACGCCCCCAUCACGGCGCCUGCCGAGGUGGAGGUAGCAGACGACACAAAAUGCUGCUGUUUCUUCAAGAGAAGGAAGAGGAAAACCAUCCAGCGCCACAAGUGAUCUGCCCGGGCCAGCACAGAUCAGCGCGUGCAGCGUCUCCUCCAGCUCUGGCCAUGGAUGGAUCUGGGUUCUGAUCCGCUCUGCAAACAGCCUUUUCCCACCUCGAUGCCGACGGGAGAGGGGGAAGGGCCGUCGUGACUUCACCGCCCGGCGCCACGCACGGGAGCAGGGAGGGGGCUGUUCCCAAACUGCUUUUCUUUUCCUCCUUGGCUGCCGUCUCAGCACGGGGCCGGCGGCUGGAGCCCAGUCGGACGUUGCCGAAGCCCCCGCGUCUGUCAGGCGCACAGCCCAUGGAGAGCAUGAAACAAUCGGAAUAGGACGCCCAAGCCCGGCACAUGCCCGUGCCGCCACCGUCUUUGGAUUCAAUGAACUAGUUGGAAAACGGGGAUCAACUUCACAGACUCUGCAGUGGUGCCGUCUUAGAAGAAGCUGAAGACAAUUGCCGGAGCGGUGGGUCACAGAGGAAUCCUUUCUGUUGCUUCUUUGUCUCUUAAGUUAAUUUAAAGUGAGUCUCGGUGCGGAGUGCUGAGUCCGUCUGACCUUUUA